CAACAACUCACGCUCACCACUUCCUAAGAAUUAGUUACAUACUCUUUGACGCUCACGCCCUGUUUUGAACCUAACUGUUUGACAUUUGUUUGACGUUUUGCAAUUUGCAGAGGUUCGAAAUAACUAGGGGGUGUUUAUGCUAAAUAACAAAUAUAUCAAAUACAUUGGACAUGUCGUCUCCACCGCCAACAAAACCACCUAGAGGUGUCAAACAAGGGAAAGAAACGAGUGGACUGCUUAUGUCAGUGAUUCGUACAUUGUCAGCGAGUGAGACAAACGAGCAGCGAGAGAAGGAGAGAGCCAAGUUGGAGAAGGAAUACAAAAAGAGUGAUGCAAGAUUGGACGAGCUGGUUGCAGCUCACUCACAAGAAAUAACUCAAGUCAUGCAGAAGUUCAGCAGCGUGGGCGCGGCGCUGGGCGCGUGGGGCGCCCACGGCGCGGCGGCGGUGGCGCGGCUGGCGGCGUGCCGCGCGCUGCUGCGUCUGCGCCGCGAGGACCUGCGCCGUCUGUGGGCAGAUGCGCGCGCGCACCACCACGCGCUGCAGAUGCUGGCCGACAUCGAGCGCGUGGUGGUGUCGGAGCGCGCAUGUCGCGAGCUGGCGGCGGCGGGACGCGUGCUGGCCGCGGCGCACGCGCUGCACGCCGCGCGCCACACGCAGCGCACGCGUCUGCAGCACGUGCAGGCCCUCGCCGCCACCGCACACAACCUGCAGGGCAUGCAGCGCGACCUGGUGGAGCAGAUAGUGCGCCGCCUGAGCGAGGCCGUGUACCGCGGGGAGCGCGCCCCGCUCGCCCGCCGCCCCUCCGCGCGCCGCCGCACCGCCCUGCUGCUGGCCGAGCUGACCAAGAGCGAGGAGGCGACGGCGGCGUACCUGGAGGAGGUGACGCCGGAGUACGAGGCGGCGCUGGCCGAGGAGGACCGCACCUUCGAGACGACGGUGGUGGUGGCGCUAGAGGCGCUGGCCGUGCUCGGCGAGCUGCAGGAGGCCACCGAGAAGUUUAAAGUGCAGAUCCAGACGGAGCUGCUCGAGGUGAUCGAGGCCGUGUCGCGGCGCGUGCUGGAGGAGGGCGAGGGCGAGGCGGAGGGCGAGGGCGAGGCGGGCGCCGAGGGCGAGCCGGAGGGCGAGGGAGAGGCGGAGGAGGACCAGGAGGGCGGGGAGGCGGGCCGCAUGCUGGCGCGCCUGCUGGCCUGCCUCACCGACGAGUUCCGCUCCUGCGGCGCCAGGAACGAGAGGUUGGUGCAGCUGUGGCGUGCGGCGCUGCGCCGGCGCCGGCUGCCGGACGUCGCGCUGCACACCGACCACCACUACUGGAGCGCCGUCCAGCAGCUGAUGCAGCUGCUGCUGACUGAGUACCUGGAGAUAGAGAGCGUGGCGCUGGCGGCGCAGCGCGCGGGCGGCGAGCGCCACCCCGAGCCCCACCCCGAGCCGCACCCAGACCUGCGCCUCGCCGACUACUUCGCCAAGAAGCGGCCGCCGCGUCGCCGCACCAAGCUCUUCCGUCUCGCGGCGGCGACGCCGGCCAGCCCGGGCGCCGGCGCGCGUCGCCAGCGCUACCCCCUGGUGUGUCGGCCGAGCGCCGCGCUGCUGCACGCCGCGCUGCCCGCCCUGCACCCGCUCUGCGCCCACAUCGAGGCGCCGGGGGGCGCGGCGGGCGAGUGCUCGCUGCGCGCCUUCAUCUCGGACUACGUGCGCUGGGGCGAGAGCGAGCGGCUGGCGCAGGAGGCGCGCGCCGCCAUCGAGGCCGCGGUGCGCGCGCCCAACGCGUGGCGCGAGCCCGCCUCGCCCGCCGCGCCCGCACCGAGCGGGGAGCGGGCGGCGGCGGUGGCGGAGUGCGCGGCGCGGGGCUGGGCGGCGGUGCGGCGCUGUGCGGCGGCGGCGCGGCGCUGCGGGGGCUGCGGGGGCGCGGCGGCGCUGCGCGCGGUGUCGGCGGCGCUGGGGGCGCUGACGGGGGCCGCGCGCGCCGCCCUGCCCCGCCUGCAGCCGGGCGCGCCCGCCCGCGCCGCGCGCUGGCUGGCCGACGACGACAUCGUGCGCUUCCUGCAGUCGCUGCCCAACUACCGCGCGGCGGUCGCGCACGCGGUCUACGGCGCGCAGGAGCUGCAGCAGGCGUACGAGCGCGAGGCGGAGAUCCUGGGCGCCAGUCUGGGCGACGGCGAGGUGACGCGCCGCGAGGUGGUGCCCGACGCCGCGCCGCUGGUGCACCUCGCGCUGCUCGCGGAGUCCGCGGACUGGCUGAGCGGCAACGUGCGGUCGCUGGGGGCGUACCUGUCGGCGCCGGGUGGUGCGGGGGGCGCGGGGGGCGCGCUGCGACCGCCCGACGCGUUCGCGGCCGAGCUCGCCGCCGCGGCCGCCGCCUUCGACGACAUCUGCCACAAGUGUCUACUCUUCUUGCACCUGGAGUUGCGCAUCGAGUGCUUCCACUACCUGGGCCAGGAGGAGCGCGAGGAGGAGGAGGAAGGCGCCGGGGGUGCGGGAGGUGCGGCUCAGCUGGCCGCCGCGCUGCUCGCCUUCCACGAGCGCGCCGUCGCCGUGCUGGCGCCCGCGCGCCUUGCGUACGUGAUGAACGGCCUGGGCGAGAUGAUGUCUGCGGCUGUGGUGUGGCGCUGGCAGACGGCGGGCGCGGGCGGGGCUCCGGCGGGCGCUGCGGGCGCGCGGCUGGCGGCGCUGCGGCACUGCCUGGCGGCGCUGCAGCUGCCGCACGCCGGGCUGCACGCCGCGCACGCCUACCUCCACCUGCUGGCCUGCACGCCGGAGGAGAUAAUAACAUCGAUCCGCGAGAGAGGAGCGCAGUUCUCGGAGCUGGAGUACCUGAACGCGCUGAAGGUGAUCGGCGCGCGGCGUGGCGUCAGCGCCGCCGACAUGCGCGCUCACCUCGCUCGCCUCGCCGCCGCACUCGGCCACGCCGGACACGUGGGCGUCACCGUGUGACCUCGCGGCCACGCCGGACACGUGGGCGUCACCGUGUGACCUCGCGGCCACGCCGGACACGUGGGCGUCACCGUGUGACCUCGCGGCCACGCCGGACACGUGGGCGUCACCGUGUGACCUCGCGGCCACGCCGGACACGUGGGCGUCACCGUGUGACCUCGCGGCCACGCCGGACACGUGGGCGUCACCGUGUGACCUCGCGGCCACGCCGGACACGUGGGCGUCACCGUGUGACCUCGCGGCCACGCCGGACACGUGGGCGUCACCGUGUGACCUCGCGGCCACGCCGGACACGUGGGCGUCACCGUGUGACCUCGCGGCCACGCCGGACACGUGGGCGUCACCGUGUGACCUCGCGGCCACGCCGGACACGUGGGCGUCACCGUGUGACCUCGCGGCCACGCCGGACACGUGGGCGUCACCGUGUGACCUCGCGGCCACGCCGGACACGUGGGCGUCACCGUGUGACCUCGCGUCCACGCCGGACACGUGGGCGUCACCGUGUGACCUCGCGGCCACGCCGGACACGUGGGCGUCACCGUGUGACCUCGCGGCCACGCCGGACACGUGGGCGUCACCGUGUGACCUCGCGGCCACGCCGGACACGUGGGCGUCACCGUGUGACCUCGCGGCCACGCCGGACACGUGGGCGUCACCGUGUGACCUCGCGGCCACGCCGGACACGUGGGCGUCACCGCGUGACCUCGCGGCCACGCCGGACACGUGGGCGUCACCGUGUGACCUCGCGGCCACGCCGGACACGUGGGCGUCACCGUGUGACCUCGCGGCCACGCCGGACACGUGGGCGUCGUUAUUUUGCACUUGUAUAAUAUUAAUAUCCGGUGUGGUGCGAAAAUGUGUUAAUCGUCUGUCAUUAGUUUAUACAAUCAAGUAUAUCUACUGUUUAAGGAUAUAUUAUUUUAUUCGUGUUAACAUAUUUAUCCCAGAUACAUUUUUAAAUAAAUUAUUUUUAUGAAAAUAUUGAAAUGUACUUUUCCUCCGACUUCCGCCCUAGUUAAGACUAUUCUGACGGGAUCUACAAUGAUGUUUAUGGAAAGUUUUAUAGGGUAAAAUUACUCUUUGUGACCGCUUACACCUAAUGAUCACUCGUUCCAAGUUCCAAUCCAAACCUUUACCCCUAUGUAAUUAAUGAAUGUUCGUCAUAGUGUCAAUGAACAUCUAUGAACCUCU